AUGUUGCAAGCUUUGGGAGGAACUGUGCCUCCCAACACUGACCAUGCCGUCAGCGUAUCACUACCAACAUGGAGAGCAAACGUCGGCUACGAAGAAGGAGAAGAUUGGGUCACGACCAAGAUGAAAUGUGGCUAUCCCCGGUUCUUCGUUCACCCUAUUAUUCAAAAGCUCGCCCAGGAAAUCGUCCGUCGUGUCGGUGAUCUGAACCUCGAGACUGCGACCCUCUUUGCGUCAAUUAAGACAGCGCGUAUUUGCCAUACCUUUUUGCUCGGCAAAAUCCCUGCUGAACAGGCGCACAAAGUCCGCAUUAUCAAUUUCAUCCCAUCCCCGCACACCGAAGCCGGAUCCACUGCGGUAACGUCUACCUUGUCGUGUGUCAUAUAUCCAAAAGAGUACGCCUCCAUCGCCAAGCAGGUAUGGCAACACUCUGGCAAUGGUAUUUCGAGCCGACGGGGCGAGUUCUGCCUUGGUGCCCUUGAGGAUGGAUUCUUGGUGGAAGACAAGGGCUCUGCGACGGCAGAGUCGAUUUCGCAACGUCCUUGCAAGGGUCCCCGAAGAUACCAAGCCAAGAAUGGAGCGAGAAAGGGCUCUAUUGGUGACUCGCCCCCAGGGGAAACGAAGAUGUUCAUCGAGGAGCGGUUUGGUCGAAACCUCAGCACCUCUCUCGCCAACCAGGCCAAGCUAGCUGUUCGCAAACGCAUCGCAGGUGUCUUGACGGCCGAUGUCGAGCUACCCGAAGCUCUAGAGACCACUUCAUCAGAAGGGCGUGUCGCUGGCAUCUCCGAGGACGAUGUCCUCCUCUAUCCUUCAGGCAUGAGCGCCAUUUUCAACGCUCAUCAGACCUUGCUGGCCACUCGAGGCGAAUUGCCGUCAAUCUGCUUCGGUUUUCCUUACACGGAUACAUUAAAAAUCCUCCAAAAGUGGGGACCAGGCUGCGUUUUCUAUGGCCACGGCUCCUCAGAAGACCUGGAUGAUUUGGAAUCUCGAUUGAAGGCCGGUGAACGUUUCCUCGGGCUUUUCACUGAGGCACCAGGCAAUCCUCUUCUCAAAACACCAGACUUGAAACGCAUCCGUGCGCUGGCAGACCAGUACGAUUUCGCCGUGGUGGUUGACGAGACUAUCAGCAACUUCAUCAAUAUCAAUGUUCUCCACCUUGCAGACAUUGUCGUCAGCAGUUUGACAAAGAUCUUUAGCGGAGACAGCAAUGUGAUGGGAGGAAGUGCAGUGCUCAAUCCCCAUGGGCAGUACUAUGCAGCCCUAAAGAAAAUUUAUGACCGGGACUUUGAAGACAUCUACUGGGCAGAAGAUGCCGUCUUCCUCGAGAGAAAUAGCCGUGACUUUAUGUCCCGUAUCGACAAGAUCAAUUGCACCUCUGAGAAUAUCACGGCUAUGCUGAAGGAAUCUCCGUUAGUGAAAAAUGUGUAUUACCCCAAAUACAGUCCCACAAAACCCUUUUACGAUGGCCUCCGCAACCCCAACGGUGGCUAUGGUGGACUAUUCUCUGUCACAUUUCACACAACGGAUGAAGCAGUUGCUUUCUUUGAUACUUUGGAGGUGUUGAAGGGUCCCAGCCUCGGUACCAAUUUCACAUUGAGCUCUCCAUAUGUUCUGCUUGCUCAUUACGGUGAAUUGGACUGGGCAAGAUCUUUCAACGUGGAUCCUGAUUUGGUGAGAGUAAGUGUCGGGCUAGAGGAGGUGCCAGAUCUACGCGCUAGGGUACAGCGGGCUCUAGAUGCAGUGCAAAAUGUCCGAAAGUGA